CACAUGCGCUAUGAGUUUUGCGUAGAAUGCAGUGUAUGUGCAUCUGAGAACUGCCAGGAACACGGUAGGACUGGCUGCGGGGAUCAGGACUGUGUUCACGUGUUGAAGUGCGUCCAUGGUGGUGAGACGCCGUACCGAUGUGAUCGAGUGUUUGGAGACGGGUUCUACCUCCCUGGUCUGACGCGAUGGUUCAAGGAUGAAGUAGAAACUCAGGACUAUGGCAUUGAGUGUUGUGGGAUAAUGAUCGAUGGUGAAAGCGACAUGGAAGUGUUGAAAGACGUGGUUGAACAGCACAAGCAAGAAAUCAUCAAUGAGGUGGCGGGCGCAAGCUGUUCCAAGAACUUACAGUCCUCCAAGAUAGAAAGACGUUACUAUCUUGACUUGACUGUGACGAGAAUGGGAACAAUAGGAGCAGAUACAUUGCGAAUCUACUGUUGAAAGGCAAACACAUUCUUCAGUCGCCGCUUACUAGUCUCUCUCGUUGGAAUAGAGGAUAUUGCUUGCAUUCUAACAACCAGCCGUAAACCGGAAGCCUGAAAAUCAGUCGCUCGAUGUCUUACAGAGGAGACGUUGAUCGAAAGCUGUGUUCAUGAUUACCGCGAUACCUUAGAGCAGUGUACUCAGGUUUUACUUGCGUGGACACGCAAAUAGGGACGAGGAGCAACUCUGCAUCGAGUAUUCAAUGCUCUGAGACGGUGGCAAGAAUAGCAGAAAAUGCAAGACGUUGCCUAAUCACUUAGCUAUGAAAAACUCGCAAGGGUUGUGACUGGAGAAGCCAAAAAAAAACGUAGUAGAACUCCAAUAACUCGAUCUCGAAGAUCUCAAAUUCGUGAGACUGAACGGGGUUUAAUUGUAUAAGACGAUAAUUCAUCAAAAUCAUGUAAAAGUACUUGACAAGUAAUGUGGGUACUUGAAUUUUCGGAAAUUUUGAAAGUUUCAUUUUUUGAUAGCUCGUUUUCCGUAUAGCUAUCUGAUCCAUGGAGAGAGGGGACUAGGUAUAGUUGUCUAGGUAGGAUAGCUUGCCCCACAUUCAAUAUAUAGCGAACCAAUCAAACUAGAACUGAUACUUACAGGUCCUUGCUCUCAAACCUCUCAUAAUCAUUGUGUAGGUCCAGAUAAUAUCCAUACCCCCAUCUGAACCCCCAUCUCUCUGGAAUUUCCAACCCCUUGGAAAAAAAUAAUACAGUAACUGUUAAGUAAAAAGGGCAUUUUACCCACCCCCCCUCCCCUCUGGAAAUUCCUGGGCGGUUAUUCCCCCCCCCCCGGAAUUUCGAAUACCCUCAAUGGGGGAGGGGGUAUGGAGGUAGGUUUCUGGAACUAUACAUUCUGUGAAAAAAAAACGUUAUAUUCAUCCGGGACCUUUGUCUUUUGAGCUGAUCAACUGGACGUUGAAGUCGUAGGUAGGCCGCCUAUUGGAAUUUAUGUAUAUUACUAUUUUUUUAUUAAAAUGUAGUUAGUCUG